CGCAAGAUCGGCCUCAGUGACAGAAGAGGACGAAGACACAAAAUGAUGUUGAAAAGGAGAGGAGAUUGUCUACCCGUCGCUACUACAUCAACUAAUAGUCUCAGGCAUUACCACCAUGAGCGGCGGCGGCGGUGGAAGAAAGCGCAAGCAGGUGAAUCUUCUGGACCCGGACUUUUUACAAGCGUUGAUUGCCUCCAGCGACAACAACAAUGAUGAUGAUGAAGUACUUCUUCAAUUGACCCACGGCGCCUAUCAGGGAUUGCAGGAUUGCCAAGAAGCCUUUAUUCAAACCCUAGCACAGCAAUUGAAAGAAAUCACCAGUGGGGAUGACAAACAAGGCGUCCGUCAUGUACAACAAGCGCAAGUGGAGCAAGCCAUUCGAAACAUGGGGUUGGAGGAUGUCUUGGACGACGCUUUGGAGUAUUUACAGCAAAAGCAACAAAGGGAAGAAGAGGACGAAGAGGGCAAACCAGUCAAGAAACGAAAAGCCAAAAAGAAAAUUGCUGCCAAAGCCAAAAAGGGAAAAUUCACGGAUGAAAUGGCGGCCGAGCAAGAGAGACUACUUCAAGCUUCGGCAUUGCGACAACAACACGACAAAUGAUGAUUCGUAAGGGCCCAAAAGAUACCAUGCAAUCAUCUACCUUGGCGAAUCUGAAUCGACACAGAAGCAAUCUCUCGGAUGGCUGAGUGUUGCCUUUUGAUGGAGUAAGGGAAGAGCUUGCAUUGCUCCGUUUACUUGCAUUGGUUCAUUGCUGAAUCAUUUUUGGGCGAGUUACUGUGUGCAACAUUUAAAAUAACGGAUGGCGAUGGUGCAAUCAUCAGAGUAAAAGUCCAAGGUCACUAACUAUCUGAACAGAGCUUGGCUUCCACUUGCGUAAAGGUCCUUCGAAUUCUCGACUGAUGGCCAUGAUCGCUCCUAAGGACUUGACAGGGCACCUGACCGUCUUUAGUUGAUGAUCCAACUGCCCCUCUUCCUACAGAAGGUGGGACUUUUAGGUUGGGUUUCGAGGUUGUGGAACAUAACUAAGUAUCAUAAGCUACUGUAGCAGGUCUGAAUAUGACUAAAGCCUGACCGUUUGCUGUUGUAUGCAAAAGGGUUCGAUAUUGUGCAAGUCUUCCCAUCUGGAUCCCA